UGCACUGUGUCUUUAAGACAUUCAACUGCAUGUGUAGCAAGCCUUCACUCAGCCAUUUACAAGCGCGAGCACUUCAGAGAGUAGACACUGAUAAAGCACCGCAAUAUAGAUGGAAUUGUAAUAAUGGAAUACCACUGGGUACUGUUUUCUGUCUUGUUGCAGUUAACCUUCCAAACAGGCAGCUCCAGGCCCACCAUCACCCCCAGCAACCCCUACCUGGUCAUUCCACUCAAUGCCCCCUUCAGUCUGCGUUGCCAGGGUGACCAGGUGAUGCGGUGGCAGAGGGAGGACCGUCCAAAGCUGAGGGGCGAGGUGCGGAGUAAUGGGGUGUCCGACCUGGAAAUCCCCAAAGCUCAGCCUGUCCACAUGGGCCGAUACAUCUGCCUGGAGGAGAGCAGCGGAGAGCAGAGCUCUGUCUACGUCUUUGUCAAAGAUCCUGAUAAUGCCUUUAGAAAGACUAUGGUGUUCAGUAUCCUAACUCGUGCGGGAGACAGCGCCUCCAUCCCCUGCCUAGCAACUGACCCGGGCGUGGUCAACCUGAGCCUGGAGCCGUGUCAUGGCGGUGCCCUCCCUACUGGCCUCCACUAUGUUGCCAGCCUGGAGCGGGGCAUGGUUAUCUUCGACACUCAGAAGGCCUUCGAGGGCUGUUAUAUCUGCACUGGCAGACUUGGCAGCGCCCACGUUAAAUCACAUCACUAUGAUCUGAAUGUGCGCCCAGUCCCAGAAGCGGCCCCUGUGAUUGAGAUGCGGGAACCCAAGAGGGUGAUCCUGACACGGGGCCAGACUCUUACCUUGACCUGCAGCACCACCAACGUCAACGGAGACAUCAAGCUGAAGUGGGCCGCACCGCCCGGCACGGAUGCCGUGUGGGCUUCGUAUCCACAGCAACCGGCGGUGGAGAAUGCCUCACGCAUCCUGACUGAGCCCAUCAAACACGUCCGUAGUGCUAGGCUCUACAUCAACUCUGUCAGGGCACGGGAUUCUGGGAGAUAUCGAUGUGAGGGUCAGAAUGAGAAGGGGAUCAACUCUGAGUCAAUCUGGCUGGACGUCUAUGAUAGAGGAUUCAUUCAUCUGACUCCGUCAGACAACGGCACAGUGCGUGUUCGUGCUGGUGAGAGUCUGUCCCUGCAUGUGGACAUGGAAGCCUACCCCAAACCACACACUUUCACCUGGAGCUUCUCAGGCCAGCAGCUCAGGAACACCUCCGACCAUGUCAUCACCACACAGAACCACCAACAUAGGUACAACAUUGUGCUGAGGCUGGUGCGUUUGAAAAUGUCAGAGAGUGGAGUCUACACCUUUUAUGCCUCCAAUGGUGACGCAUCAGUCAAUCAGUCAUUUUCGGUCUACGUAAUCAGUAAACCAGAGAUUGUAUCUCACGAGGGCCCGGUGGACGGACAGGUGCGAUGUGUAGCUAAGGGAUACCCCGCCCCACAGAUCACCUGGUACUACUGUGAACAGCCCUAUAUGAGGUGCUCCCACCAGAUGAAUGCCACUCAGGAGGAGCAGGACAUUGUCACAGUGACAUUGUUGAGUCCCUCCUUUGGGAAGACGGAGGUGGAGAGCAGGCUGAACAUUACCACAGGAAGAUUCCACACGUUGGAGUGUGUGGCCACCGUGGAGGGAGAGCAGGCCUACACACUGUUCUCUAUCAGUGAGAGAACAGUGCCCCAUGAGCUCUUCACCCCACUGCUGAUUGGCUUUGUGUCGGCAGCGGCCCUCCUCUGUGUCAUCCUCAUAGUGCUCUUCUACAAGUACCUGCAGAAACCCAAAUACCAGAUCCAGUGGAAAGUCAUUGAAGGUAUCCACGGAAACAACUAUGUGUAUAUUGACCCUACCCAGCUCCCAUACGACCACCAGUGGGAGUUCCCCCGGGACAAACUGCGUUUCGGGAAAACUCUGGGCUCCGGAGCCUUCGGGAAGGUGGUGGAGGCUACUGCUUAUGGAAUGUCCAAAGCUGAUACAGUGAUGACAGUGGCGGUCAAAAUGCUCAAACCCAGUGCCCAUGCCACUGAGAAGGAGGCGCUGAUGUCAGAGCUGAAAGUUCUCAGUUACCUCGGAAACCACAUGAACAUCGUCAACCUUCUUGGAGCCUGUACUGUUGGAGGCCCAACCCUGGUGAUCACAGAGUACUGCUGCUUUGGUGACCUCCUGAACUUUCUGAGAAGGAAGAGAGAGACGUUCUUUUGCUCCAAGCUAGGGGACGACUGCUACUACAGGAAUGUCAUGCUGCAGAGGGGAACAGCUACAGCUGGGUCAGUGUGGACCUUUUGCAUUGACAAGGAGAGGGUGGUAGUUGAGUGGUGUAUCAUUAUCACAGCACAGUAUGUAAGAGACAGCAGGAAUGGCUACGUGGAUAUGAGGCCUUCUGUCACUGGCGUCCUGCCAAAUGGCUUCUCCUCAGAGAAGAGGCGCUCGAUGCGCAAAGCAGGUGGUUCCAGUAGUGAGCCAGAUGUUGUGAGUGAGAUGCUCCAUGAGGACGGUCUCUCUCUGGACACAGAGGAUCUGCUCAGCUUCUCCUAUCAAGUGGCCAAAGGCAUGGACUUCCUGGCUUCCAAAAAUUGCAUCCACAGAGACCUGGCAGCCAGGAACAUCCUCCUGACCCAGGGACGAGUGGCAAAGAUCUGUGACUUCGGCCUUGCUCGUGACAUCACCACUGACUCCAAUUAUGUAGUCAAAGGCAAUGCUCGUCUCCCAGUCAAGUGGAUGUCUCCGGAGAGCAUCUUUGAGUGUGUGUACACAUUUGAGAGUGACGUGUGGUCCUAUGGGAUCUUGCUCUGUGAAAUCUUCUCACUCGGAAGCAGUCCAUAUCCUGGGAUACCUGUGGACUCAAAGUUCUACAAAAUGAUUAAGGAAGGAUACAGAAUGGAUGCACCAGAGUUUGCACCGAGUGAAAUGUAUGAGAUAAUGAGGUCGUGCUGGGAAGCGGACCCCUUUAUGAGACCCUCCUUCAGCAAGGUGGUGGAGAGGAUCGAAAAACAGCUGUCAGACACCACCAAACACAUCUAUCUGAAUUUCAGCUCCAAGUUUCCGGUUACAAUAGGGCCCCAGGGUACCAGUGUGGACCAGGGGACACAGAACGCCAACGUCCUGCGUCUCAACUCGGUGGGCAGCAGCAACGCCUCCACUCAGCCUCUAUUGGCCAGCGCCAGCGACGACGUCUUCCUGGAGGAGAUGGGCACCAGGCUCAGGGUCCACCGGGUGUAAGGCCACGCCCCCACGAUGGCUGCCCCAUAAAGUGCCUGUUUAGUGCAGCCCAAACACCCCACCACACCUAUCCCAACCAUAUACUAUGUCUAGCUAUUAGCUUCCCUCUUCAGACAGAGGCUUGAAGAAGGACGAGGUCCUCUCAAAACCUCUGCUCCUGUCGCCUUUAGUGCAUGGACGAGACCUGUCACCCACUGUCUCCAUAGUAUCUGGUCCUGUCUCUCACAAGCUUGGAUAUAGUCACACUGUCUUUACUCUCCAGGCCAUUGAGCUACUGUGUAUCACGUUUGUGCUGUUAGAAAUGGACAGUGUAUUUUAUAGCUCCGGAGCAGUGCUAUUUUCUGUGGACUUUUCUCAAUGUUGCUUUCACCAUUUCUAAAUAUGUUUCAUACAGUGUUUAUGUUUGCUUCACAUUUCUGUUGUCAAUGUUAAACUGAAUGACUAUGUUUUUGUUGUCGUUUUGAAUGACGUUUUUUUUAUCUCAAACUAAAUCAUAUAGCGUUGUCAAUGGUUGGAGCACAAUUAUUAUUUGAGGUGGAGGCACUUAAAUUUGAACAUCAUUCCAGAUGUAGACAUCAUGUAAUGAAGCUUUCACCUUUUGUCUGCACCACCUUCCACCCUUUAAGAAUUAAUGUCAGUAUUAUUCCACAUGUUCAGUUUUGGUGACUAUGUGAUGGAGAGACAUUUUGUCAGACAUUUCUAGGGCCAAUGGUUUAAAUGACUUUCAGUGGGCUAAGUCUUAUCACCUGAUUAGAUUGAGAUGUUUUAAGGUACUAUGACUUCCGCUUUCAGUUGAUGUCCCUGUGUAUAUAUGUACAUAUUGACCUUGGGUAUGACUAGUAAUAAGUGUAUGAUGUGAGAGGUAGCAUCAGCUUAGAUUCCGCCUGGGACGUUGCCUGCUGGAGAUUCCUUGUAAAUAUGUAAAUAUGCUUCUGGUGUCAGCACCUCUUCUGUCCUGUAGCGUAUGUGUGACCCUUGUUUACAUUUGUCAUCAGACAGGUACUGCUGUAUCACUUAAUACUGUCUCCAAAGACGGGGGAGGCUGAAACAGUGCAUGGUUAUAAUGAGCGUACUGUACAAGGAAACAGGCGAUCACUCUUCAAGGUAUUAGCCAUUUGAUCUUUUCUACUCAUACAGAUUGUCAAAGAAGGCUUUCUGUUUUGAGGUAAAGCCAGUGAUGCUUGUUUCAAAUGCCAAUGUGGAGCUUGCCGUACAGACCGACAACCGUUAAGCUAACUGUUCUGAGAAAAAGCCCAUUUGAAAGUUAGAUGUUAGAGGUGUUUAGUCCGACCAGGUGGUGACAUGUCUUAUAGCUCCCAACAGUCCUGUGGACAGUAGCGUCAGUGCUCCCGUCCCAGCAGUCAGUAGCUGAUUUCUCAGCCAUCCCUCUACUCUUUGUGUCCAGCUGCUUCCUCUGACGGAAGUGCUACUUCCAACAUCUCUCAACCAGGGAUCUGUAUCACUCCAGACUUCCAUCACUUGAACUUCCCUCUUCCCACACUGAGAUAUUGUUGUGAAGAGCACCUGGAAAAAGCUGUCUGAAUGACUGAAAGGGUGUGUGUGUGUGUGUGUGUGUGUGUGUGUGUGUGUGUGUGUGUGUGUGUGUGUGUGUGUGUGUGUGUGUGUGUGUGUGUGUGUGUGUGUGUGUGUGUGUGUGUGUGUGUGUGUGUGUGUGUGUGUGUGUGUGUGUGUGUGUGUGUGUGUGUGUGUGUGUGUGUGUGUGUGUGUGUGUGUGUGCGUCUGUGUGUCUGCAUGUGUGCUAUCUGUAGGUGCCAUUGAAUUAAAUGUAUGAAAUUUACCCAACAAAACUGUUCAACCCGGUCCUUCCCAAAGCUGGAUAUUUGUAAAUAUGUGUGUGAAUACAAUGUAAGUAAUGUGGAUGCUGUCUUCAUGUUUUAUUUUUUAUUCUCUAUUGAUAUGGUACAUUUAAUGCACAACUCUGAUAUGCUGUAAUGUGAAAAAUGUCUUAGCAGAAAUAGAUACACAGAUACGUACACCCACAUAAUAUUUACUGUACAUCUUCUUCUUUGGAGAUAAGCUGCUUGUUUUUCUGUAGAUGUGGUAACUACUGUAAACGUACUGUUCCUGUACUGUACAUAGUCUUUGUUUGGGCUCAGCUGUAGAAUGUAUUAUUCCUUGUGUAGUGUCAUUUUCCCCUUGGCUUGGCACUAACCAUUGCAUUCUGUCUUCAACAAGCAAGCCAACACAUUCAUUUCUUUUUAAACGCUUAUGGACAGCUUUGCCUUACAAAUCAAGUUGGUUUUCAACCCGAAAACAGGAAUGCCUUGUACUUCCAUGGAAAUGGCAAAUAUUGUCUAAUUUGGCUAAUUACCAAGAAAGGAUAAGUAGAACUGUGGGGCAAUAACUUACAUCAAUACUCUGCUCUUUCCCUUAUGCUACGUAGAAUAGGAAACAUAAAAAUAGGUAAUUACACAGUAAUAACACUGAGGUUACAUGGUUAUAUCUGUGCCAUUCAUCACGCUGUUAAAAAGCACAAUCAAAAUAUUGUCUGAUUAUCCCUAACAAUUUUACUCUAUAACGGCUGAUACAAUAUGACGGCUGAUACAAUAUGACGGCUGAUACAAUAUGACGGUUGUUUUAGAAAUGUUAGAACAUUUGUAUAUUUCCCUAUACAACGUUUAUUUUGUGCAUUUAGUUGUAUAUUUAUUUUACUAGAGGCAAUGUUUGUUGUGCACAUUUGCAAUGGGUUGCUGUCUCUUGUUACUGUAAUAUAAAUCAAAUAAACGCAUAAAAUUGUUUUGUUAA